CUGCGUGCUAAAAAAUUGUGUGAGAAUUCGUUGUUGUUUUCGUUCUAACAAACACUAACCAUGCCUAAAAACCUGCGUAAUGGCAAUUUUCGCGGCCGUGGCGGUCGCAAUUAUGGAGGCGAUCGGUUUUACGACAACAGUUCCGAUACAGUUAGCCAUUCCCACGACGAUCGAACUGAACGUGGUGGAGGUGGCGAAUGGAAUGAUAGAAACAGGAACGACCGUAAUAUGACCAACGUACAGCGGCGUGUUAGCUUCAAGCCCUUCAGCGGGGGUCGUGGUAAGGGCCGCAUUACGGAGAAUCAGAUGCGCGCUCAUUUCAACGACGACGACGAAGCGAUGGGUGGUGAUACAUUCGACAGUGGCAAUCCUCGCGUGCGUAUGAAUAAUCGUAACUUCGAUCGCCAACGACGAAGCGGAUCUCCAAUACCACGAGGAAUGCAUAAUGAUAGAAACCUGUCCAAGAAGCUUAUGAAAGGAUCACCACAGUCAUCCUGGUACGAGGUGAAGAUACCGCACGGACAGAAGUUCGAGAAGGACUUUAUCCUUCGUUCGAUUCAGCAAGCGAUCAGUCCGCUAGUGUUUAUUCCGCUGUACUACAAGGCGAAUGACUUCUUUGCAUCAUUCUUUGUGGAGGAUUAUAAAGUGGGCAGCGCCAUCCUGCAGGCUAGCCGCACUAUUGAAACUCCCGAUGGUCGGCGGUUAACGUUAAACGUGCGCAAUAACCAGCCACCAACGCAGAUGAACGAUCAAUUGAAGGCGCGCAUGAAGCAAGCAAUGGAAAAACGAUACAAUCCUCAUACGAAAGCGUUAGACUUACACAAGUUUCAUGCCGAUUCCGAUCUGAGUGAUAUGUUCUGUUCGUUAGCGCGUCCGCAGAUUAUGCUGGCGGCAAUGGAUAUUAUCGCGGAACACAUUCCCGCACUAGAGGCGCUCAAUUUGAACGAAAAUAGGCUGUACAUGUUGGACCACUUGCGGUCCAUGGCUAUAAAACUGCCUCAUCUGAAAAUUCUACAUUUGGCAAAAAAUAGGAUACCAUACCUUAACGCGCUGGACAGUUUGAAGAAUUUGAAACUGGUGGAACUAAAUCUGGAGGACAAUCCGUUGCGGAAGCAGUUCGACGACAAUACGACCUAUAUCAGUGAAGUGCGCAAGCGAUUCCCCAAAGUCAUAAAAUUGGAUAAUCUCGAGCUACCGCCACCAAUCAGUUUUGAUAUACCGGAAGAUAAUAUUAAACUUCCGGAAGCCAAGGCUUCGUUCCUAUGCGACGCAGCUGGGGCAGAUAUUGUUAGGCAGUUUUUGGAACAAUACUACGCUAUAUACGAUUCCGAUAAUAGACAACCACUGCUUGAAGCGUACCACGAGCAUGUAAUGUUUUCGCAUACCAUAAACGCAUCGCAUCAAACCAACCAACAAAAGAUGGGUGUGUAUAUGAAUGGGCAACGCAAUAUCAAGCAAAAAACGGAUCUCGAUUCUCGUUGUCGGCUGUUAAAGCAAGGUAGGCUGCAAGUGGUAUCAUAUCUUUCAUCCCUACCGUCUACCAAACACGAUCUGCCGACCUUCGCAGUAGACCUAACGCUGUUUACGCCUCACAUGCUGCAGUUAACCGUCAAUGGCACCUUUAAGGAACGCAAGGGAAACGUAAACUCGGAUUUGUUACGAUCAUUUCAACGCACGUUUGUAAUAGUACCGGCAAACGGUGGCUUCUGCAUACGCAACGAGAUGAUACAUAUCAACAUUGCUACUCGCCUGCAAGAGGAAAAAAGUUUCAAACCUGUAAGCAGCCUAGCAAUGGCGCAACCGGCUACAUCUGCACCGGCUGCCGUCCCUACAAUAUCUACGGCCCCGAUGAUGCCGGACGAUAAUACCAAACUGCAAAUGAUACAAGCGCUAUCAGCCCAAACCAAAAUGACAACCGAAUGGAGCAAAUUGUGUCUGCAGGAAAACAACUGGGACUAUCAACGAGCAGAGUUCUCUUUCACUGAAUUGCACAAACAGAAUCGGAUACCACCGGGAGCGUUCAUCACGAAUUGAACUUUUUUCAGACAAAUUGAACAGUGUAUUCGCAUUAGGGUGCAAGCUUACACCACACUCUAUUAGAGCAAGUUAAUUGUCCAUUGCAGAAGUUUAGAUUCCCAUGUACAUCGUGUUACCAAUUAUUAUUUUCCCAUGUUCAUAGCACGCAUAUGAACCACUAACGCAAAUGGUCGUUUAGCAAAUGUUCGUUUAAUUCUAAUAAUUGGGAAGAACGUUGUCUGUGGAUGCAGACAUAAUAUGAUGGGCACACAGUACUAAGGGUCUAACUACAGUUUGCGCUUUUGUUUGUUUGUUUCUUUUUUAUUUUUGUAUUGGUAUUUUUUCUGUACUCUAUAAAGUGAAAAAUCCUGCCAAAAUAUUCACUGUUUUGGGCGAAAUGGUGUGUAUGUUUAGCUUCAUACAUGCUAAAUUGCACGGUAGAGCGAAAAUAGUUUCAGCAUUGUUCUGAACAAUGUACAACAGAGCAGAGCGUUUGCAAUAGCAAAGUAGAAUCUACGCUACUUAUUAUCAAAAUUAGGUAAUGUAAAAUGUCACCAAGCAACAGUUAAUUUCGUUUUGUCAUGUAAAUAUGAAGUAAAGUGCACGAAUCAAUGAAAUUGUUCACGAUACACAAUUAUCGUGUCGUUCAAUGUUAUACAACAACACUAACACAUUUUUUUUAAAAAUACAACACUGAAUACUGCAGAGACGAAUAUGGCCCAAUGGCUAUAUAGAAUUUCUUACGAUUUUCAUGAACCAACACAGCCAAUUAUGUUAAUUAUAUAGUUUUAUAAGCAUAGUUUCAUUAGUUUAUAAGUUAAAACAAUUGCUAAGUAGACGACGGAAAAUCAAGAAGUGGUUGUGAGUUUAGGUGCAUUUCGACUUACCAUAUGGAAAAUUGCGUACAAUUUAUUUUAGUUUAAUGAAAAUUGUAUCAACGCUCCAAGUGAUGUUCGAUACAUCACGCCGGAUUCCUGUUGUGGUGAAACUGUAGUCAUAAAGAAACUUGAAAAGAAUAACGGAAGUAAAUAAAUUUCUACUUAUAAUUUACAUAAUAAUA